GUGAAAAAAAUACCCAUAUCUUUCACUUCCUCAAAAACCCAGAAAUAAAAUAAAAUAAAAUAAAUGAGAAAGAAAUCAUUGAGGCAAAGCCAUAGGACAGUAGGAGAAGAAAAGUAUAGAAUAUAAGAGGAGAGAGAGACCACAUGUUGACAAACUUGAAGUCAUUGUUCAUGAGAAGUCAUGUGUUUGUGUAGGGAUCUCUUAUCUGGGUUGUGGGAUCUCUAUAUCUUCUCAUCAGAUACUGGCCCAGCAGAUCCUAAUUUCUAUAAAUAUAUAUAAAUAUUUCUAUAUAUUCUUUUUUAAUCUCAUGGUGCUGGUGCUGCGGCUGAUGAUGAUCUGACCCUGCUUCUUCAAUGGCACUGCAUAGACACCCACUUUGUUGUUUAGGCUCUGUGAGUUUCGGGAUAUUUUGAUGAAUCCAUGGUGGGGUUUUGAAAAGGGGUAGUAGCGGAUUCGGGUAUGAGGGAUGGGAACUGAAGUGCAGUCGAAGAUGUACAUACCGAGUUAUUAUUCCAUGAGGGAUGUAAAUGAUGAUGCUAGCAACAGUAGCUGGUCCCUACAUCAUGAAAACAAAGCUUUGAUGAAUGGACAAUACUAUGAUUUAUUCUUGACAAGACAAACUGUAGAGGGUUACUUGGGGUAUGAGAAAGAACAACUGAGACAAACUAUUUUGAGGCAUGAAUCCAUAUUUAGGCAUCAGCUACGUGAACUUCACCGUCUUUACAAAAGACAGAGGGACUUGAUGAAUGAGAUUAAAAGCAAAGAACUUCUCAAACAUUCGAUUCCGGCAGGAGCUUCACAAUCAAGUCUCUUUUCAUCCCGCAUAACAUCUGAUGAUGCCAAAAAGACGUGGCAUAUUCCUGAUUCUCCCCUGGUGGAUUCCACUAGUGGCAGACCAUCUAUGUCAUGCACAGACAGCAUCCAAUCUCCUUUUAGUUUUAUAAAAGGAAAGAUCAUGCAAGCUAAUGGUGUUCACACCCAAAAUGGAGGGAAUUUAAAGGACUGCGAAGUUUUAGAAUCUCACAGCAAGAAGCUUCACAGAAGAUUGAUUGACCUUGAACUCCCAGCUGAUGAUUACAUCAGCAAUGAAGAGGAACAACUAGAAGAAAAAGUUUCUGGGUUGUCAAGGGUGGAAAGUUACUCCCAUAACAGGAACUGCAAGGUUCCAUGUGAGAGUAAUGUAAAAUUGUAUAUUGCCGGUGGUAUGAGUUCUGGUUGUAAUGGUGAGGCUUCAAGAUCUCAUUUGUACUCAAGGGAAAGCCAUGGUUUGACCGACUUAAAUAAACCUAUCCAGGUUGAGGAAGCAUCUACUUCAGCUUCUGUUGAUAUUCUAGGUGAUAUCACUUGCUCCAAAGAGGAAGUUAGAAGACAGGACCUAUCUGUGAAUUCACAUUCAGACUCUCAGUGUUUGUCUAAGGAAUUCUCACAAAAUCUCCAUAGAGGAAGCAAUGAAAGCAUUUGUCUUAACAAUUUGCAUUUGGAGAAUGAAAGAUACCAAAAGGAGUGGCUAUCUUAUAAGUUUGGAGCUGGGCUAACUAGAAGCGGCAGAAAUUCUUGCCAUGGAGGUUUUUGUGCAGAUGAUUUGCCUGCACCAUCUGAUUCAUCACAAGUUGAGGCUAGGAAAGUCCAUGAGCCAGGGACUUUUCUUCCAUCUGAACAUAAUAAGACAGGAGAAGGGAGAAAAAGGACAAUUUUUGGUGUAGAAAUCUCUGAAAGAAAUCCUGAUGUAUCUGUCUUGGCUUCCCAUGGAUCUUGUCUGCACCCAACUGUGGCUCAAUCUGAUGUACUCCAUUCUGAGUCAUCUUCUGUUUCCUCUUGGAGUAAGCUUCCAAGUUGCUUCAGCCAGAGCCCAAUAUCAAUUCAUGAAAACUCUUGCUCUAACAGAUCACAUGUUACUAGCAAUUCAAGAUUGAACCCAAGUUUCAGAGCAGAAGUAUCCUAUCAAAAUGGUCUUUCCCUUGGUUCACAGUUGGAGGCCAGGGAAUCACAGAUUUGCUAUCAAUCAAAUGCUUCUAAUUAUCCAAAUGGCUUCAGCAACAAUCAUUCAGCUUCUGAACAACUUGUGAAACUUGGUCCUAUGAAAUUCUUUAAGGAUAUGAGUACAGAUGUGAAGCCUGCAAAGGGUUUGUGCAUAGAUGCUAUAAUUCCCAACUACAAUGAAGUCAUCUCUCAACAACAUGCUGUGCCUGUCUCCCCUAGAGAACCCUCUAUCUCCAAGCUAGAUGAGCAAAGGAAGAAUGAGAACUCAUGGGGCGGUUUGCCCUGGCUCAAAGCAAAGCCCCUUUGCAGUGGUGAAUCUUCCAAAGGGAAGGAAGCUUCGUACCAGAUGAAUUUGGAUUUCUUGCAAACCUGUUCUCAGACAUUUGCCAACAAAUCAGAGAUUGGUAAUGGUACUUCACAGACUUUGAUUCUGGAUUCUACAUCAGAAACUUGUGACCAUGAUGAUGAGCAAAAAAGGAUUAAAGUAGGUGACUGCCAGGGCACUAAAAAGAUUCUUGGGAUUCCAAUUUUUUGCAAGCCUUAUAGUUUCAAGGAUUUAUCUUCUCCUAAUUCACCCUCAAAGUCUAGUUGUGUUGCUUCUGCGGUUGAUGGUGAUAACACUCAGAAAUUUGGGUUACUUAAUACUGAUUUAGGUUGUGAUUCAUCCAAAUCUGGAGAGCUGCUCAAAGUGGAGGGUAUGGUUGUAGAGAAGGGACUGGUUAAUCAAAUUGCUGAAUCAAGACAUCAUAUUGAUUUGAAUUUAUGUGUGGUAGAAGAAGAGCCUCCAUCUACACACUCCUCUCUGAGAACCAACACGAAGAUUGCAGCUGAUAUAGACUUGGAGGCUCCGGCAGUUCUUGAAAUUGAAAAUGUUGUUUCUCCCAGAAGGGACUCUUUUGAAAACCAACUUAAGAAGCCAUCUAAAUUGUUGAAAGAUGUAUCUGGGGAGCUUCCUGAUGAGCUCGUUAGGGUUGCCGUAGAGGCUAUAAUUGCUAUCUCACUAUCUCCUGUGCAUGAUACUGAGGAUGUUGCAACUUUUCACCCUUCAGAAACUUCAAUGAAGGGCUCUCUCCAUUGGCUUGCAGAUGUAAUAUCAUUGUGCAAGGGUGACCCAGAGAAGGAGGUUGGAGCAGUUUCAAGGGGUGCUUGCGAUGAAGAUUCUGUACUCGAUGGUCUUGAUUACUUUGAGUUCAUGACACUGAAUUUGACAGAAACAGAGGUAGAAGAGCACCAUUGUGAGCCUCAGCCUCAGGCCUUGGAAGACCAAAAAGAUGAUGAAAAAAUGCGUAGACGACCUCGGAAAGGUCAGGCAAGGAGAGGGAGGCAGCGGAAGGACUUCCAAAGGGACAUAUUGCCAAGCCUUGCUUCUCUGUCAAGGUAUGAGAUCACUGAGGACAUUCAUACAAUUGAAGAACUGUUCAAAGCUACAGGUUCAACCUGGCAGUCAAACUUGGCACAGAGAGGAGCUGCUAAGAGUGGAAGGGGGAGGAGGCGUCUGAGGGGUUCCACUCCCUCUCCAACUGUAACUACAGUUUGCCCACCCCCAAUACUGCUGCAGCCUAACAGUGGAGAGGUGGGACUUGAGGAGAGAAGCCUAACAGGAUGGGGAAAGAGGACCAGGCGUCCCCCCCGGCAGAGAUAUCCAAACAGCAAUGCUCCCCUUGCCUUAAAAUAACUACAAAGAAAACAGUCUUUGAUUUGUGAAACGGGAAUUUUCCAUAGAGCUGAUCAUGUUCAUGGCUUGGUCCUAGCCCUGGAGCUAGGUUACUGAUGUACAUGGCACCAUAGCCCUGAUUUUCGGGUUUCCUUUUGAUUUUCAGUAUCCGGAAUGGACUUGUAUAUUUAGCAUAAACAACGUUGGUUUGUUCCUUAAAAGAGAAACAGCAUCUCUGCAGCUGUGAGUGUGGGAGAAAAAUCAAACUGGGUGGUUUUGAAUAUUUAGGUAGGCUUCAACUUGGCACCAUC